AUGGCGACCACCAACGUGUCACAAUACGUCAACCUGGCGAAGACGCUCCCUCCCAAGCUCCAGCGAUUCUUCGCGCGCUACCCGCCAACCCAGAUCCUCAAUCAAAAGCCGGACGGCGAAUAUGCGAAGACCGGCUACCAAGAAGAGCGGCGGAACCCAUUCCAGCCCAAGAAGUUCCACCCGACCGGCAGGGUCCACAACCCGGUGUACUCGCUCAGGAGACAGGCGGACCUGGUGAAGCUGGCGCGGGACAAUGGCGUCGAGGAGCUGCUGCCCUUCACGCCCAAGAAGACGGAGGAGCAGCUGAAGCACCGCGUCAAGUACGGCCUGAGGGUGAAGGGAACGGGUGUGGACCAGAAGGUCAAGGGAAAGAUCCACGAGAGACAAUUGGCCACCAAGAUGGAGAAGAGGAGAGAAGCCAUGCUCAAGAUGCCCGCACUCAUCCGGGAAUGGAAAGCGGUUGGGAGGAAGAACUGGACCAAAUGGCCCAAAUAA